CGCAAGAAGGCACAAGCCAUGGAGGGGAACCGGGAUGAGGCGGAGAAAUGUGUCGAGAUCGCUAGGGAAGCUCUGAAUGCCGGCAACCGCGAGAAGGCCCAGCGAUUCCUGCAGAAGGCCGAGAAGCUCUACCCACUGCCUUCGGCCCGCGCAUUACUGGAAAUAAUUAUGAAAAAUGGGAGCACAGCUGGAAAUAGCCCUCAUUGCCGAAAACCAUCAGCUGGUGGUGUUCCAAACAAGACUAAUUGCACAAAGAACAGCACAUCUGGUAGUGGUGAAAGUGCAAAAGGCUAUACCAGCGACCAAAUAGAUGGAGUUCACAGCAUAAACAAUUGUAAAAAUUACUAUGAAGUACUUGGCGUUACAAAAGAUGCUGGUGAUGAAGAUUUGAAAAAAGCUUAUAGAAAGCUUGCUUUGAAGUUUCAUCCGGACAAAAACCAUGCACCUGGAGCAACAGAUGCUUUUAAAAAGAUUGGAAAUGCUUAUGCUGUUUUAAGCAACCCAGAAAAACGAAAACAGUAUGACCUCACAGGCAAUGAAGAAGGUUGUAAUCACCAAAGCAAUGGCAGAUUUAAUUUCCAUAGAGGUUGUGAAGCUGAUAUAACCCCAGAAGACUUGUUUAAUAUAUUUUUUGGUGGUGGAUUUUCUUCAGGUAGUGUCCAUUCAUUUUCAAAUGGACGAGCUGGCUAUAGCCGUCAACAUCAGCAUCGACAUAGUGGACAUGAAAGAGAAGAAGAAAGAGCAGAUGGUGGUUUUUCUGUGUUUAUCCAACUGAUGCCCAUUAUUGUAUUGAUCCUGGUAUCACUACUAAGCCAGUUGAUGGUCUCAAACCCUCCUUAUUCCUUAUAUCCCAGAUCUGGAUCAGGACAAACCAUUAAAAUGCAGACAGAAAAUUUACGUGUUGUUUAUUAUGUCAACAAGGACUUUAAAAAUGAAUAUAAAGGGAUGUUAUUACAAAAAAUAGAAAAGAAUGUUGAAGAAGAUUAUGUGACUAAUAUUCGAAAUAAUUGCUGGAAAGAACGACAACAAAAAACAGAUAUGCAAUAUGCAGCCAAAGUGUACCGUGAUGAUAAACUUCGAAGGAAGGCAGAUGCAUUGAGCAUGGACAACUGUAAAGAAUUGGAGCGACUGACUAGUAUCUAUAGAGGAGAAUGAACUGGAAUUUUUAGUUAUUCCUUUUAGCAAAUUCCUUCUUUUUUUCUGCAAGUAAAUUUAGUUUCAUCAUGAGAAUUGAAGACAAAGGUUUGAUAUUAAAAGCAAAACUGUAUAGUUGCUACCUUAAAUUUUGGACUGUUUAUGACCUACUGAUUCCUUUAAAUAGUAGGAAGUUGAAAACUAAAAUUAAUAUUUUAGUUAUGCUUCUAUAAUUAUUUUCACAUUAAAAGCUUGUAUGAUUCCUAACUAAAAAAUGUUUCAAGCAAGGAUUAUCACACUUUCAGCAAUUUCCCAUUUUAGUGAUUCUCCAUUUUUUCCUUGUCAUGUAAAUAUUUAUGGAAUGUUCAUUUUGUAUACGUGCAGGUUAUUGCAUUUUUAUUUAAAUUCUUUAAGUGUUUAGCUCCAUGAGACACUUCUGCUUAAACUGAUGAAAUAUUAUAUGACAAUUACAUUUUCCUUGUCAGGUGUCGAAUGUGUGGAGUUUAAACAAUGUAACUCUU